AUGCACAAACGGGUUCGUGAUGUCAGAGGAAUCCAGCCUUGCUACAGGAAUGAUGUGGCUCUAAUAAUGAGAGAACUUGAUGGUAGUGGUCUUCUUAAUAGAUGUCCUGGGAAAAAAAGAAUUGAACGUAGGAACUACUUCAGCCGUGGACCAAAUUACACUUGGCAUAUUGAUGGAAAUGACAAAUUGAAAUUCUUUGGAAUCUGGGUACAUCUUGGUAUUGAUGGAUUUUCUAGGAAAAUUAUUUGGCUUAAGGCUGGCACCUCUAACCGACAGCAAACCUUCAUUGCAAGGUACUUCUUUGAUGCCAUUCAGGAACACAGUGGUUGCCCACGAUUCAUAAGAGCAGACAGAGGGAAGGAAAAUCUUCUCGCCGGACAGAUGCAAGUGGCAUUUCACUUCCGGGAGUCUAGUGAUCAAGGAAGAGAUUCCUUCAGAGUGGGGACAUCGGUACAUAAUCAGCGAGCUGAAUGCUUCAACAGUAUGCUGAAGAAAACAUGGAUCAAAAAAUGGCAGGUGACAUUUGAGGCCAUGAUGCAGUCUGGCAUGCUCGAUUUGGACAAUCCUGUACACAUAAAUUGCCUGCAAUAUACACACCUUCCCCUUCUUGAGAGAGAGCUGGACCUAGAGCAAACACUGUGGAACACUCAUGACAUUCGCAAGCAAAGGAAUGUUCCAGGUCCAUUUGGGAAACCAGACCUUCUCUUUUUUUUCCCCACCCGAAGCUUAUCCCAUGAUGGUCGAGAAAUUCACCACAGUCCUUGA